AUGCAAAUCAAAGCUCUGCUUCUUGGUCUUGGCUGGAUCUCUGCUGCAUGGGCACAGCUUGCAGAUACCACUGAUUACCCACUUGGUCCAUUAACCUCGACUGAUGACAAAUGGGCUGUGAAGAUCUGCGACAUUACUGAUUAUGGCGCUGUAGCGGAUGGAACGACUGACUCUGGGGCUGCUAUUCUGGCUGCCUUUGAGGCCUGCAUCGAUGGUGGCGUUGUGAAUAUUCCUUUGGGAACCUUUGCCUUGGCCACUUGGGUCACGUUGAGUGGUGGAAGUGCGUGGGCCAUCAACUUGGAAGGCAUCAUCGUUAGAACGGGUACUGCUGGGGGCACCAUGAUUUACAUCGAGCAUAGCACUGACUUUGAAAUCUAUUCCUCCCGCGGUGAGGGUGCCAUCCAAGGCUAUGGAUAUGUAUUCCAUGCUGAGGGGGAAUACGGCCCACGUAUUCUGCGCCUUUAUGACGUGACCAACUUUGCCAUUCAUGACAUUGCCCUUGUUGACUCUCCGGCGUUCCAUCUCACCCUUGAUACUUGCAACCAGGGUGAGGUGUACAACAUGAUUAUUCGAGGUGGAAAUGAGGGAGGGCUUGAUGGAAUUGACGUGUGGGGGUUUGACAUCUGGAUUCACGAUGUUGAGGUAACAAACAAGGAUGAGUGUGUUACAGUCAAGAGUCCGGCAAACCACAUCCUUGUCGAGAAUAUCUACUGCAACUGGUCUGGUGGCUGCGCCAUGGGCUCUUUGGGUGUUGACACGGAUAUCUCUAAAGUCGAAUACAACAACAUCUACACCGUUAAUUCAAACCAAAUGUUUAUGUUCAAGAGUAACGGAGGAAACGGAACAGUGACGGACGUGACCCUCCAAAACUUCAUCGGACACGAGAAUGCUUAUUCUCUAUAUAUUGAUGCAUACUGGUCGUCAGAAACAUUGCAAGAAGGAGAUGGCGUCCUGUACAACUCGAUCACCUUCAGCAACUGGAAAGGAACAUGCGCAAACGGUGCCACACGAGCCCCUCUGUACGUUCUGUGCCCGUCAACUCAGCCUUGUACAAACAUCAUCAUUGAAGAUUUCGACAUGUGGACCGAGUCAGGAAGCACUGAGUACUACAAGUGCGCAGAUGCCUGGGGUUCGGGAUACUGCUUGAAGGCAGGAUCUGCACACACUUCAUACGGCACGGUGACCUCAACUGUGACGUCUGCUCCAUCUGGUUACUCAGCCACAACAAUGCCCAACCAGCUCACCGCAGGACUGGGACUGACCACAUCUAUUGCAAUCCCCACUGUUCCUAACUCAUUCUACCCUGGUGCUACACCCGCCACGGCAAGGGUUUACGGUAGCUAA